CAAAUCUUUGCAAGUUAUCGCCCUACACAGCUAUGUUUAUUUUAAUAUUUUCAUCGUCGUGUUGUUAGAAUUGAGUUACAAAUGAAGUUUUAAAGCGAAAUAAUUUUAUUUUAUAAUAUAUUUUUUAGUUAUUUUUCUUUUUCAAAAUUAAACAAUAACCAAGAAAUGCAGAAAAGAGUUCGUAAAAAUUCGGAUUUCAACAACUGUCCAAAAAAACUCAAAUUAGAAAACCCACCACAAAGAACCACAAAUGACCAGGAUAAUAGAAGUGAUACAAAUUUAUUAAAAACUGAAAAUGAAAUUAAAAGUGAAUCAUUAGUUAAAUCGCCAACAACUGCAAAUGCUAUGUCGUCCGUGGAUUCGAUUCAAAGUGAUUUGAGUGAUGUUAAUAAUAUCGUCGAUAAAUCGACUAUUUCAACAUUGAAAACAUUUACAAAGUCAUCCGAUUCUGAAUCUAUGGAUUUUAAAGAAAUUUUUCACACUAAUAAAAUUGAUGCGGAAGCAAGUGCCACCGAUGAAUAUCGUCAGUCGAACUCGCAGCAUCAUUUAAUUGAUGUAAGCAAUUUACAAGAAAAUUCUGAAUCUUUUCAAGAUUCAGGAAAAGAAUCUAUGGAAACGCUGAGUAAUUUCAAGCUACUUCAUCGAGAAAAUGAUAUUUUGAUUGAUUUCGAAACAAAUACUUCGAUUGAUGGUCUCACAAAUAAUCAAUCAAAGGAAGUGUCGGACGCCAGUUCCAUUUGCCUGCCCAAAGAGAAUGAAAUAUUUUCAAUUCUUGAGUCUACAGAUACCAUGAAAAAUACAAUAGAUACAUCUAAAUUAAUGGAGGAUAAGCAAAACCGUCCUCAGGAAGAAAAGAAAACACAGGCUGUCGAUGAUACAGCCAAAGUUUCGAUUGGCAAUACAACCAUAUCUGUGCCGCUCCUUAAACCUUUAAAUUUUAGGAGAAUUGUAACAAACGACGGAAAGUCUGUGUCAAAUAUUGUUCGCAAGGUUAUUAACAUUCGGGGAAAUAAAAUCAAAGCUCCUACAAUUGUGCAGCUCUCUCAGGUGCAUUUAAAUCCAAAGAUUAAUUCAAAGAUCGUUCAAGCUACCCUGGUUGGAAAUAAAAUACAAUUACCAAACAUGGGAUUUAAAUCAACGUCAAGCGGAAGUUUUUCCAAGCAAAAUUUCGUUCAACCUUCUCAAUUGGAUGUAAGCACUUUGCCGAAACAAAUAUUUGAAGAUGAAAUGGUUUUUUUAGACAACACUCCUCAGGUGUCUCAAGGGCAACAGCAUCAACAACAGCAACAAAGCCAAACAUCAGAUGAUGCUGUCGAGACAACAACGAUAAGCAGUCUUUCAGUUGGAAAUAAAACUCUACAAAAGUCUAAGGAAUCAAUAAUUAAACCUGUUACAUAUGAUGAACAGGUACCCAGGAGCAGUCCUUCCUAUAUAAACCAACAAUAUCGUGUUAUAGAAACUGAUUCUAAUGUAUCCAAGUCUUUUGAGAGCCUUACCACAGAAACAACACCAACUACUGUGGUUGUAUCAUCAACCAGUUCUGAGAAUAUACUACCUAGAAUGAGCGCUUCUUUGCCUAAAACCGCCUCAAGGAAUCCCCUAAUUUUGACAGCAAAGACAGUUACUACAUCUGAAGCAGCAAGUGGGAAGGAUACAAAACAAUCAUCCGACAAUACGAUGAUUGGAAAGAUGCUAGAAGACAACUACCUUCUACGCAAACAAAUAACUUUGGCAGUCCAAAAUAAUGUUAAUAGAUUUCAAUUAAAAGUUACUAAAACAAAUGAAGAUAGCAAAGCCAAGAGAGUUGAAAAUAAAAGCUUGGAAUCAAUGGUUCAUAGCCAAAGUCAACAAAAACGUCUCAUCUCAGCACCCGGUACAAUAUUAGGUAAUGAGCCUUCUUCAACAGAAAAAGUUGAAAAGCAAACGAAUCCAAAAUCGGAUGAAACUCAAAAUGUUCUUCUAAAGCACUUACUUCAGUCGUCUAUUACUCAACGUUCUAAUUCGGGAUGCAAUCAGCCAUUGGCUCCUCGGAAACUGGCUACAGUUCGCGCACCAAGCUUGGGUGUUGUCAGUUCUCUAGAAGCCCAAUUGGCUCGUCCAGUUAUACCGCCUGUCUCAUCAGUAGGUGACAUUAAACCGGAAAUAAAAAUACUCAACAAAGGUGUCACAGAUAAACCGAAGAAAACCCUAGCAAAUGAUCGCGAUGUUGUUGUAACGGCUGUUAAGAGUAGACCCGAAAUGAUUUCCAGAGAAACUUCUUUUGUCUCUGCAUUUCCUUCAAAAAAUAAAAAUUUGAAUGAGCUAAAAAGAACCAUUAGUGUUCAAUCCAAUGCUAAUCAGAUUGUACAAGCAGAUGCUACUCCUAAGCCAGUUGCUAUCACGCAGACCCCACAAAAUACCAACAAUAACAUAAGCUCAAUAAAUUUAUUUAAAUUCUUCAAACAGAAAGAACAAACUGUAAGCGAAAGUCCAAAUACCGAAGCAGGUUCUAACAAUGUUCAGAACAAACAUUUCGCACCCCAAGAUAAUUCCGACACAAAAUUGUCGAUUAAAAGCGAAGUUGAAGAUGCUCGAAGCUCCCCGACAGUUAAGACCAAAUUAGUCAAAAUGGAUAUUGAGCAAAAUAUUGAGUUGCGUCGAAAGUUUAAGAGAGAUUAUCAAAAGCACAAGAGGCAGUUAUUACUUCAGAAGGAUCCUCAAAGUCAUCAAAAGAAGAAAUCGCGAAAACUUUCCAAAGCCACUGAAGAUUUUGAUGAAUUUAUUGAACAUAAAGUUGUGCAAAUGAAACAAAUGUUUGUUCUGGAAGUUUUGGAACCACUGUUAUCCACUUUUCUUGGAAUUUGUUCGGUUUAUGGUUAUAAUGAGAAAGUGAGAAAUCAGUAUCCAUAUCAAAUUCCUUCAAAAGAUGAUUUCGGAAAGAUAAAUCUUAUGAAUUAUGUUGACUUUUACUCAGUUGAACCAUACGGAUCAAAUAAAAAUGACAUAACAAAGAACGUGCCCUCAUUUCAAAAUAAAUUUUACGAUGAAGAGUUCUCAACGGUCAAUCAGGAAUCAUGUGAUAGAUUGUAUCAAUUUAUAAAUAACUUGAAGCAUCUACAUUUGCAGCCGCCAUCAGAAAACGUGUAUGUAGUACCACGAUCACCGUCGUGCAAUGAUAUAAAGAAUCAAUCGCUUUUGAACAUGACUUACCCGGGAAUUAAAAUUGAAACUAAUUUCAAUUUAAAUUCUGAAAGAAUGUCACCGGUACUUUCAAUCGUUAAUCCGAAAUAUUUUGGUGGAAUGAUUAAACGCAAAAAGAAAACAAAUGUAAACCUCAAGAAAUGCACGUAUGGCAGCGUCGAAACUGCUGUCAUUUUAAAGCUGUCGUCAUUUGUUGCUGAAAACAUUCUCGACAUUUUGCGAGAUCUUGAUAACUUAUUAAACGUAUAUUCACCUGUAUCUAAUAAGUUACUCAACGAUGAAAAAGCAUAUCGUCGUAAAAGUGUUUAUAUAUCUCGAAUUCAAAAUCUCCAGAAGACAGAAUCUACAAAUAUACAAAACUUUUUAAACGGUACCUACAAAUGCUGCCGCAAUUGUCAUUUGACUAUUAUAUGUGGCAUAGUUGGUGUAGAUUCAAAUUCGAAUAUAAAAAAGAAAAUAUUAGCCGAUAGUUACUUUUGUGAUAAAUUUUGUUGCAUACAGUAUAAAAAGAAAGGUAAAAAGUUUGUUGUUUCACGAAAGAGAGAACGUUGUAUACAAAAUAUUACUAAUAAUAACAACAACAAUAACAACAACGCGGUUGACCGCAGUAUAAAUACAAAUAAUGAGAAAAGCUUUUGUAAUAAUUCAAACUACAAAGUUGUUGGACCGAAUACUUUUUGGAAAUCAAAUUUUAAGGCUUCCACAAGUGAGGAUGCAAAUGAAAUGGCUUUAAAAAUGCGAAUUGCAAUAACUAUUAGUUCAAGUAAGGAUACAAGGCGGUGUGUAUUGUGCAAUCAAAAAGGAGAUUCUUUCGCUGAUGGUUCUUCUAGACUCCUUAAUUAUGACGUUAACAAAUGGGUUCACCUCAAUUGUGCGCUGUGGUCUAAUAGUGUCUAUGAAACUAUUAAUGGAGGCCUCAUGAAUUUGGAACUUACAAUGCAACAAGGAGUGCACCAAAUAUGUACGUUUUGCAAUCAAUAUGGUGCAAGCAUAAAAUGUUUCAAGAUGAGAUGUACACAUAUGUACCAUCUACCUUGUGCUAUCAAAGAGCAAUGUGUUUUUUAUAAAAACAAAACAAUUCACUGUGUUUCGCAUGCUCACAGAAUGGACAAGAAAAAUGAAUUAAAUUCAAUUCGCGUCAAAAGGAGAGUUUACAUUGAACGAGAUGAAAAUAGACAAGUUGCAGCAGUAAUGCACCAUUUGGAGCUUAGCAAUCUUCUCCGAAUUGGCAAUCUAACAUUUAUCAACGUUGGACAGCUUCUACCACAUCAGCUAGAGGCUUUUCAUUCCCGCAACUAUAUUUAUCCAAUUGGCUACAAAAUAAUAAGAUUUUUCUGGUCAAUGAAAAAAUUGAACAAACGAUGCAGAUAUAUUUGCUCAAUCGCUGAAACUAAUGGACGACCUGAAUUUAUUAUUCAGAUACAAGAGCAAUUUGAAAAUGAUGUCGAGAUAAGGGAUAUCUCACCAAAGGCUGUUUGGCAACGAGUUCUUGAUAAAAUUGUGUUGCUUCGAAAAGGACAGUCCAUAGUGCAGCUUUUCACAGAGUUCAUUACUGGCGAAGAUAUGUUCGGCUUGUCAGAGCCUUCAAUUGUUAGAAUUUUGGAGAGCUUGCCUGGCGUAGAAAGCUUGACUGAUUAUAGAUUUAAAUAUGGGCGUAAUCCACUUCUAGAACUUCCAUUGGCUCUUAAUCCAUCGGGUUGUGCUCGAACUGAACCCAAGCAAAAGCAUAUUGUUAAUUGGAAAAAAGCACAUACACAAAGGACAAGUUCUAUUAAUGUUAAAUUUACUCUCUCUCCAUCUUCCUUGGUUGCCGGUGAAGUAGCUUGUCCAUAUAGUAAGCAAUUUGUGCACUCAAAAAGUUCGCAAUAUCGAAAAAUGAAGCAGGAAUGGCGAAAUAAUGUUUAUCUAGCAAGAUCAAAAAUUCAAGGUCUUGGCUUGUAUGCUGCACGUGAUUUAGAAAAACACACAAUGGUAAUUGAGUAUAUUGGACAAGUAAUUCGCACAGAAGUAUCGGAGCUACGAGAAAAGCAAUACGAUUUGAGGAAUAGAGGAAUAUAUAUGUUCAGGCUGGAUGAAGAACGUGUGGUAGAUGCUACACUCUCUGGUGGCUUAGCUCGUUACAUCAAUCAUUCUUGCAAUCCAAAUUGUGUGACUGAAAUAGUCGAUGUUGACAGAGAAUAUAGAAUUAUUAUUUUUGCCAAAAGAAGAAUCAACAAAGGAGAAGAGCUAUCGUACGAUUAUAAAUUUGACAUUGAAGAUGAUGCUCAUAAAAUAUCUUGUAUGUGUGAAGCACCGAAUUGCCGAAAGUGGAUGAAUUAAUAUUAAUUUAAUUAAUAUUUGAUAAAGAUUUGAUAAUAUUAGAAUGUACCAUAAUUAAUAUAAGAACUAAAGUUGCCUUUGUGCAGAAAAUUUUAAAUCUGCACGCAUAUAAGUAUUAGGUUAUUAGCUGUUGUAAAAAUAAAAUAAAUAAAUGAAAUUGGUACAUAACUUUUUUUAAAACGCU